CGGCGCAAUAUAUAAGUUAGAUAGAUAGCAUGACGCCCGCUCGGGUGUAAAAGUGGGGCGGGUCGGGAUUUGGCGAUUAUUAAUGCAUCAGCUCAGUUCUCCGGAUAUGGCAUCAUCCACAUCACCACAUUUCGGGCGUGGAUGAGGGAUGAAUGGAGUAUUUGUCGCUUGUCGCUUGUUACUCGUUCCUCGUUCCUCCUUCCUCCUUCAUGGAUGCUAUAUGGCCUCCAGGAUGAUGAUGAUGAUGGAGUCCGCCCUGGCAAGAACGCCCUCACAUCCACAUCCGCUCGACCGGACCCCCCACAUCAGGGCUAUCUCUCUCCGCCGCAAUCACAAUCACCAUCCCAUUUGCCGAUGGCGACAUCCGCCGCAGCGAAUCCCCCCCGUUCGUAUCGCAGACACUGUCCCAUCCUCCUCCAGAACCCCCUCAACCACCAUCUGUCCUCUACCUCCGCACGAUCACUCAAUUGAUGUGCCAUUAAUAUUAUUAAUACGAUCCCUGGGUUAUAAUAUAACAGGAUGAUCUUGUCUCAAAAGUCCACUUCCAGGAUAGUCUUGGUGCCAUGUACCUCUACCUCCUCCACACGGUGUUUAUGGGUAGGUAAAGGAGUGCCCUAGUGAAUGUUUGCGGCUGUACAGAAAUCGAGUACUCCGUGGU